CUUUAUUUUUGCAAUGCGACAAUUGAGAGCUUCAUGGGUCGUGUAUGGCGUGUUGCCAAGCUUCGCUCGUUGUAGGCCAUGGUUGAUUGUGGACUGGGAUGCGGCCCAUUAUAUGCUUGGACUACCGACUGGGAUUGAGGUUGGAGCUCGACGCGAGACGGGUCUUGUGAUAGGACUGGAUGCGGAUUGGGCCCGCACGGAGGUCUUGGCUCAGAUGGUCUUGGAAGCUGAACGCUUUGUAGGUGACGGAUUUGAGAGGUAGGCCGCCUUGAGACAUAAUGCGGGCUUAGCAGCUUUGGGAAGGCGCGCGGAAUGGAAUGGGCUUUGGAGGCAGCCUUUCGCGCAAGCUCGAGGCGUGAAGAUGUCACUUCUGCUGGGAGGCGGUAUCAUGUUAGCUAUACUGAUG